AUGGGGAGUCCAGUCGCUCCUCUAGUCGCCAACAUCUGGAUGGAACAUUUCGAGGAGAUAGCCAUGUCAACGUUAAGGCUCAUCCACAGCAAAAUUAAAUUCACCUGUGAAAUGGAGAAGUCCAGAAAAAUAGCAUUCCUUGAUGUUGAAAUUGGAGUACGUACGGACGGCUCUGUGAGCCAUACUGUCUACAGAAAAACAACGCAUACCGACCGAUAUCUUCAUGCUAACUCACACCACCAUCCUCGACACUUAAACGCUGUAGUAACAUCAUUGACCAAUCGCGCCUACGACCUUUGUGAUGAAGACCACUUACAACCUGAACUAGCACACGUUAAAAAGGUCCUACAGCGGAAUGGAUAUAAAGUGGGAAACACAGCUACACGGGAUCAUAAGUUACUGCGGCAGUACAGGGUUGAAAGACAACCAGCAUUUAUGCCAUAUGUUAAAGGAGUGACAGAUAAGAUAGCUAGAGUCCUGAGCAAAUAUGCGGUGAAGACUAUCUUCACUCCUUUCAAGAAGAUAGGGCAAAUGUUGCGUUCAUCUAAAGAUAGCUUUCCCUUGGAAAAACCCGGAGUUUAUAAAAUCGAUUGUAGUUGUGGUAAAUCCUAG